AUGCCAGAGCAUCCUGAGGUUCGAGCCUUCGCAGAACGCAUAACGUUUGAGGCAGAGCACACUCUCUUUACUAACGUCUCUACUUCGAGGGCGUGUGUGUAUAAGGCCCUCCCACCUUUGUUCCUUGAUGAUUCCAUAAAAGUAGCAUUUACCAUAAGGUGCGAAUCUCGAGGCAAGCAGCUCCGAGUUGACCUGGCUCGGGCAGCUGAUCCACCUAGGAAUGAGGCAAAGAGUAUUUUUGUGCGUCUGAAAAGAAAUACAUCUGACACCUCAGAGACACCCUAUGAUUUGUGCAAAACAACCGCUUUAAGCCGCCCCUGGGAACACUCAGAUCACGCUGUGGCGCUUACCAUACCAACCAGUAUCGUGAUUGGCCUGGGAUUAGCAGGCUGUAUCAACACCUUCUUAACCCCAGAGGAAGCUUUGAAGUCUAACGCACAUCUCUUGUUUGAGGCAUCUGAUGCUGUGUUAGCAGUAUGCUCGCCACGGCCAGAGACCAUGUACUGGCGAGUAGGAGACUUCGACCAUGCACGGUCCCCUGAUCCUGUGGCACAGUACCUAGACUAUGUGUCCAAGAUACUGUCCAAACUGUCACAUAUUCCUAUAGGUCUUGACGGGUCUUUCAUUGUGCCACCCAAGUCGAUAUUUUCACAACCCAUAUGCCGGCUUCUUUUGUCUCAGGAAUUGUUCAACGGAGUAGGGAAUUACCUACGAGCAGAGGCCAUGCACCGACUUCUUAUUCACCCUUUCACCCCAAGCGUCUAUGUGUUUGAAGAGCUUAUCCAUUGGGUUCAUGACACCGUGCGAGAAACCCCUCGAUUCCACAACUUGAGUAACAAGUGGAGAAGUCUUGCCGAAAAGAAUGUCUCUAUUAUCGAGACCAAGUGCCCACUCAUCCCGAUGAUCAGAAGGCUAUGUGAGGAGGCCUAUGCUGUUCUGGAUGAUCACAGACUCUUUUCGGAGUGGCUUUUAUGCUAUAAGAAAGCAACUAAUUGCAUUCUUGAUUCCGGGGGCAGAGAAGUUUGGUUCUUCGAAAAGCUAGUCGCAAACAAAUCCAGUCAUGCAAGUGAGCACGGCGAUAAGAAGAAUUCUGCUGAGAAGCCAGAUGCAUGUACCCUGUCAGAGCUCAUACUGUCCUCUGAACCUAGUCUUAAAAAGGUUGCAGUACAGCAACUGGCUACGUCAAACGCAGAAAAUGUCAUUCUUAAUAGCACGGAGAAUGAUGCUGAUGUCAGCCAGCUAGACAUCUUGGAAUACUCUCGCAAAGACCUCCUUCGACGAGGCACGGUACUCGACAAUCUUCCAAUUGAUUCUAGAAACGAGUCAGCUAGUCGAUGGCAGGACAAGAUUGUUCGGAAGAGUACUGUCCAACAAUUACAUGACGCUCGAACGUUUCAAGCAAGCCUCCAGUCGAAGUAA